GGGACGCUUCUUCAGAAACAACAACGCGGCUACUCUUUCAACCACCUCGGUAGCUUGCUAGCCAACAUGAAACCGAUUGAUUGACGCGUUACACCGUGUUUGUGUACAUUAGCUAAUCUCAGUGUUUUAAACACAUUUCUGUUGAUUUAUUAGCUGAUGACCUUUAGCCUAAUUUGCUUGUUCAAUUUGCAAACUUGUUUAAGAUUGAUACUGAGCCUAGCACUAGGCUAGUCGCUAAUGCUAACUAACUAGCUAACAUCCCCGACAAUGAGCUCACUAAACUACUCCUCCCCUGCUAAAGAAGAGGGGGUCUGCUGUAUGGAGAAAGAAGCUCUGGGACUGAACAAUGUCGUGGAAGAUGAGGCUGUUACAGUGAAAGAAGAGGAGGCUGUUACAGUGAAAGAAGAGGAGGCUGUUAUAGUGAAAGUAGAGGAGGCUGUUAUAGUGAAAGAAGAGGAGGCUGUUACAGUGAAAGAAGAGAUAGCAUCCUCUUCCUCUCUAAAAGUUUCUAUCUCAAUAAAGGUGAAGGAGGAAGACGUUUUGGGAGUGAAAGAGGAGGAGACAGAAUAUCAGAUUAACACCAGAGAGAGACAUGACUAUCGUGGAUCCUCUGGGGAGCAUCAACAACAUCCUGAUGCUGACGAGGCAGAGAAGAGUCUCUCCAGAUCAGAACACCAGAUGGACAACGCUAGCCCUUCCUGCCUCCUGGAGUCCCCGUUUCGUGCCUCUCCCGGUAGAGGAGACUCUAGAAGAGGCAGACAAAACUCCAUACACUUCAAUGUGGAGGAAAACCAAACUUGGACGAACCAAAGACGUCCAAACCAGCAAGUCGACUCCUCCGCUCCCAGAUUGGAACGAGUUUUACCAAGUUAGGAAGCCUGAAAAUACAUGAGGGAAUAGAUACAGGGCAGAAGCCUUUCCAUUGCUCCCAGUGUGGGAUGAGUUUUAAGCGGUUAGACACCCUCAAAGCUCA